AUGGCUACAAACACCACGAAACUCAACCUCAAACUCUCCCUGCCCCUGCCCGAGCUCUUCCAACACAAGAAGAGCCGCCAGGAGCGUCUGCCACCCACCCCAGAAGAAGACGAGCAAGCUCAUUUCGAGAUCCAGGAGGUCCAGGAGCACGACGACUCCGCUGAGGACGCAUCAGAAUGGAUCAAGAGCACGAUACGCGAACAAGGACGUUGGGAAGAGCACCUUUCAUUCAUCAGAAUCGAGUGCCCGCACACCAUGGCCGAGCUCCUUCAGCUGGGUAGGCUGUCAAGGUCAGAGGGUACCAAGCAGUGCCAGAAGAUGAUCCGCAUCCCGGUGCUCUACGACGAGAUAGGCUGCUUUCUAUGGGAAAAGCUCGCGGCCCUGGAGCGCGGCCCAGACUUUGGAAAGGAAGACGAGGAGAGGGCGGCCGAGUACGCGAGAGUGAAAUCCCGAGCGAUUCUGGCGCUGGACGAGCGCUUCCGCUUCGACCAGCCAGUGUCUGCUGCUGCCACGAGCGGGGCCAUCAAGAAGACGGGCCGCGCGAGACAGGACAGCGAGCCGAUCUCCCCGAAACACAUCCGGCAACCACAAUCUAACGCCUCCCAUCAGGCCAGACCCAGCACCUCCCAGGUGUGCCACUUCUGCCAGCCCGGCAACAUCAACGAGCACGCCAGCAUCCCAGAAGACGUCCAAGCCGAGACAAGCAGCGGGAUCUCAGGCCAGGCACAACAGCCCGUCGCCUUCUUCAACCACAGCAGGAGCAGCAGCUACUCCAGCACCGUGCUCUGGCAGCGCGACCCGGCAGCCCACUCCUCGCCUUCCGCCACCAGCAGCAGGAGCGGAAGCGACGCCUCGGUGCAUAGCAGGCGAUCCCGAGAUGGCAGUCUCGCUGGGCGGGUCGGGUCUGUGGUGGGCAACCUUGGCAAGGGCGUCGCGACGGCCAUUGGCGGUGGGUUGUCCCAUGGAUAUGGCUAUGGUGGCCGGGCGGACAGGAGUGGGUCGUUUUGGUCUGUUUGA